AUGGCUUCCAGCACGACAUUCUCUAUCAAAGCUGCCCCGGGGACUGACAUCUGGCGCAAGCCCCCUUCUACAGAUGUCUUCAAUGCACCAACCUCCAUACCUCCCCAAAACCAGACCUCCUCAUCCCCCCUCCGCACCAAAGGCCCCCUCCCCUCCUUCCUCUCCGCUCGUCUCUCCUUCAUCGGCUCCUGGAAGUACCAAUACGACCAAGGCGGUCUUCUCCUGAGCUUCCGUCGAGCCAACUUUCCCACUACCCCAACCAAGCACGUAGGCCCUGAAAAAUGGAUCAAGACCGGCGUCGAGUUAUACAACGGCCGUCCUCGCCUCAGCACCGUGGCAUGCGACGCCUGGGCUGACUGGAGCGUGGCUGAUUUGCCAGGGAACCAAGGGGAUUGGGCGACGGUGUUGGUGGAGAGGGAUACAGAUGUCAGUGGGACGUCGCUGUGGGUGUACCGGAUCGAUGGGGAGACCGGGGAGAAGGUACCGUUGCGGGAGGUAUGCUGGGUGUUUGGGGAUGGAGACGAGUGGGAGGUCGAAGUGGCUUGUAUGGCGGCGAGGCCGGGAGAUGUGGGAGGGGAGUUGGCGGUUGAGUUUAGGGACUUUGAGGUGACAUGGAAGGAGUAA